GCCAAACCAACAGACACGCCUGGAAUGGAUGCAUCUACUACGCAACCAGAGACUUUUCCCACGCCCAUAGUCCCAAUGGAAUCUGAUUUUCAAGAUGCAGUUCAAGGACAGCAGUGGAUAGCCCAAAGGGCCUCUUCUCUUGAACUACAGUUUCCUGGUACUGAAUCGACCCCAGACACAACGCAGUGGUGGCCAUUCGACUCCGACCUCCCAUCCUCCUCCUCAGGGUUGGAGCUCGACAACUCACCAAGUGAUAUAAGCCCUCUCGGUUGCUUCCCACCAGUCGAGGAAUCAAGUGACCAGCAAGCCUCUUUUGACCCUGAUCAUGUCGAAAGAAAUCACCAACUGACACCGACAUCAGAUGCAGUAUUGAACUUGACCAAAAUCGACACACACUUACCAAAACACAUCUCGAUAACGCUGUUUGGGAACGCAGAGGUCGAUUCGUUGAUGAACCAUUACAAUUUACACGUGGCAGAUCUUCUCCAACCGAUAGAUCAUUCCGGGAACCCCUUCCGAACCUUGUAUCUGUCCACGGCGCUUGAAGGAGUCUCAUAUCGUGCAUGGGAUACGGAAACACCGACAGCAAAAGUCUACUCUGCUCUUUCUCAUUCUCUGGUAGCCGCCUCGGCUUUUCACCGAUGGAAUUGCGACCAACUGCAACCCCAUUAUCGAGAAAUGGGUGUCAAGCAUCGAUACUACGCCAUUCAGGCACUGCAGGGUGCCAUUCAACAGGCAGCCCCUGCUGCAAAUUAUAAGAUUUUGAUGGUUGCAGUGCUAUCUCUCAUCACUAUAGGAGUACUGUCGGGAGAGGGCGACGACUUUCGCUUUCAUCUUAAUGCUGCAGCCCAGCUACGUAGUCUACGCAGUCGAUGGAAGAUCAUGAGCCGUCAAUCGAGACAGCUCAAUGAGAUUGGGGCCUUUCUAGCAUUGUUGGCUCGCACGCUCACCUUCCAAACCUCCACAUCAUCUUGGCCCAGCUGUGAUGCCCAGUCCACCGCAGAGGACAGCACGAUUAUAGAGCGGAGCGGCAGCUAUGAGUACUUGUACGGUGUCACGCCUGAUAUAGCCAUGUUGAUCUACCAAACAUGUCAAUUGGCCGAGCAUCUGGCACGAUUCCACGAAAAAGGAGAAUCCAUGCCGGAUGACUUUCUGGAGAAGUGUGAACAGGUUGGAAACAGGCUCCAGGCCUGGCGGUUCAACUCCGAGAAGAUAUCAUCAAUCCCACGGGGCGAUGAAUUGAGGUUCACGAUUCUGAUGCACCAAGCCAAAGCCUGGCACAGCGCAGCGCUCAUCUACUAUUACACUCGCAUCCAGGAUUGCUCACCUGAGGAUCUCGUCGAAGAGGUCGAAUGCGUGGCGGAGCAUAUGCAAACAACUGAAGAUGUAAAGCUGGCAUUCGACACUGCAUAUGAAGAGCCAAAAAUGGCGCCCCUCACUUGGCCAGCGUUGAUUGCUUCUUGCAACGCUAUGAGAUCCAGGCGUGAGGUUUGGCGAAGGUGGUGGGCACGCAUGCAAUUGUACAGGAUCGCCAAUAUUGAUAAGCAAUGGAGCAUAGUGCAACAGAUCUGGGAGAUAGUGGACGGUCGAGAAGAGAAAGGAGAAGGGUCUGUUACUUGGACCCAAGCUUUUGAUAGCAUCGGGAUACAUGUAUUGCCAACCUAG